AUGUUUUGUGAUAAAUUCCUCCUCCACUUUUGUCUGUCCCUUUUAACCAUCAUCUGGCACGACGUACACGGCAGGGAAGGCAAUGUGGUUCAAAUGGUAGUCGACGCGGUUCGCUGGGGUACGCCAGAGGGAGAAGCCACCACAGGGAGACACAAGACAGUCACGAGGGAUGAGAAGGAGCGUCACGCUGACAGCAUGAACACGAUGGAGACGCCCACAUGGGACAGGGACGCCGCAUCACAAGGAGAGGAAACCCCUUCACAGAACAUACCAACUGAAGCAAAAAGCAAUCACAAAAACAACAUCGACACGAUUGUAAAUGAAUAUUAUACAAACGUGCUCAUACCAAGCGAAUGUAACGCUCGAGCCAAGAUGGAAGAAGAAAAAAAAAAAAUGUCAUUCAUCACAAAAAUUAAAAAUUUGUUCAUACAAAAAGAGAAAACGAAAGAAGACAAUCCAGCAACACUGACUGAAUACAUAUUUCAAAAAAAUAAACAAAUAUGGGACCUAGAACAGGAGAGCGCAAGCACACACACAAUAAAAAAUAUUUACAAGCACCUUUUCUGGGCCACUGCUUAUGUCCUAUUAAACGUGGUCAUCAUCCCGUUCAUAUCGUAUUUUUACCUGUACAAAAGGUGUAAGGACACUAUUAUGCACGAGUAUAAAAAUAAUACAGACAGACGCAUUGUCCCUUACGACUAUGACUUCUCUGCUAAGAGACCUCGUAUAAACAUUUCAGGCAGGACUUUCCGCAACUGCAAGUAUCAUGGUCCGCACAAGGGCAGCAACUUUUGCUUUCUCUUCGGGAUGCUCCACGGGGCCCCUUACGCGAUUGUGAAGUUAUGA